CUCUGCACUUCACAUCACCACAAUGGAAGAAGCAGAUCUUGUGAUUAUAGGCGCAGGCCUCUGGGGGCUCACAACCGCCCAUACCUAUCACCGGUUGCACCCCUCAGCGAAAAUGCUCAUUCUCGACUCUGCGCCCUCAAUCGGCGGGCCGUGGGCUCCUGAGCGCGUUUUCCCAGGUCUAAGAACCAACAACCUGUGGGGCAUGUUCGAACACCCGGAUUUCCCCAUGGACGAAAAGAGAUUCGGCGUAAAGAGGGGAGAGCAUCUUGAAGCACGGAAGAUGUUCGAGUACCUUUGUGCUUUUGCCGAAUGGGCCGACAUCAAGCAGUUCCUCCGCUUGCAGACAAAGGUCGAGGUGAUCGAGAAAGACGAGGACAGCAAAUGCUGGAUAUUGCACUGUGCAUCUUCAUCUCAAGUAUUCGACAUUAGGGCGAAGAAACUCGUCAUCGCAGUAGGCAAUACAAACAAGGCUUUGCUCCCCGACUAUCCCACCUCUGCAACCUUUCAGUCGCCAGUCAUGCACGCCAGAGACUUUCCAACAUACUACUCGCACGUUGCCAGGCCAAAUACACACACUGUAGUCGUUGGCUCGGGGAAAUCCGCCUGGGACGUCGCAUACGCCUGUGCCACACAGCCCUCGUCAACAGCAACCCUUUUAAUCCGACCAGAUGGCAAUGGACCCGUAUGGAUGACCCCCAGCCACGUGACUCCAUUUGGACUAUGGCUCGAGAAACUCGUUCACACCCGAUUCUUCGGCUUCCUGUCGCCUUGUCCCUGGGCGCGCACCACGGGCCUGGAAGGCUGGCUGCGCUCCUUUUUCCACGGCACUUGGCUCGGCCGGAAAAUCGUACCCCUAUUCUGGCACGUCCUCAGCGAAGACGCUAUUGCACUCAACGGCCUCGACGCGCAUCCCGAGACGAAGAAACUGCGCCCAUGGCGCAGCGCCUUUGAAGUCGGAAACGCCCUGUCCAUUCACAAUUACCCCACCAGCUUCUUCGAGCUCGUGCGCAGCGGCACCAUCAAGGUUCUCGUCGACGACAUUAACGCUCUCGAGGCGGAAAAACAAGUCCGGCUCAAAUCGGGCACAGUCCUACACGCCGAUGCGGUCGUCUGCGCCACAGGCUGGCAGAAAGCACUCACGUUUACGUUUGAGCCGCCCGCGCUGCAAAAACAGCUCGGCGUGCCGUCGUCGCUUCCGCUGACGCCAAAAGAAGAGUCUCUCAUACACGAGGCGGAGAAGACGUUGUACCACGCAUUUCCCUACCUCAAGGAAAGAGACACAAGCCGCGUUGCUCAUCCCGAUGCGUCACUUCGGUACGCUCGCCAGCAGGAUCCGUGUGGGAAAAUUCAGCCGUACCGUUUAUACCGCUUUAUUGCGCCUCCGGCGUACCUGCAGGACAGAAGCAUAGCAUUCGCAGGCGCCCUGCAUUGUCUCGGUACGUUUCCCUGUGCGUACAUCCAGUCCAUGUGGAUAGCUUCGUAUCUGGAUGGCACCAUGGCGUUGCCCGAGUCGCAGACUGCCGUUGUCCAACAGACGUAUCGCGACUCGCAGUAUUGCGUGCUCCGCGGCGCCAUGAGCUACGGGCAUGUGCUUCCGGAUCUGGUGUUUGACGGUUUGCCUUAUUUCGAUGUUUUGCUGGGCGAUCUGGGGCUGCAGGGACGCAGAAAAGGCAGCGAGGCGAGAGAGUGGAUGAGUGGCUAUGGGCCGCAGGAUUACAGGGCGUUGCUGGAUGAUGUGCAAGUCAGAGUACGCAAGGGCUAG